AUGGGGGGCGCCAUGAGCAGUAAAAACCAGGGGGUGCUGCUGAGGGUCAGGAUGUUGUACUACCUCAGACAGGAAGUCAUCGGAGACCAGGCUGACCGCAUCCUGGAAGGAGCAGAGAUCAGUGAGCUGGACGUGUGGAUCCCCCAGCCCCUCCAUGCGGAGGUCCCUGCUGAUUGGUGGAACUCUGAGGCGGACAAGUCCCUGCUGAUAGGAGUCUUCAAACACGGCUAUGAGAAGUACACGUCGAUGCGAGCUGACCCUGGUCUGUGUUUCCUGGAGCGCGUUGGAAUGCCCGACGCUAAGGCCAUGGCCGCCGAGCAGAGAGGAGCGGACAUGAUGACGGACGGCGUAGAGGGGGAGGAGGAAGACCCCGAGUACAAGCCCCUCAGGAUGACCUUCAAAGACGAGAUGGACGAGUUCACCAACUCCCCCCUGGAGGAGCCCCAGGAGGCGGACCCCGAGGCCAAGUCAGGAGAGAACGGCCGAGUGGGCGGGGCCUCGGGCCAGGCAGGACGUCUCUAUUGGCCGGCGGCCUCUGCGCUGACGGCCCGCCUGCGGCGCCUGGUGACGGCGUACCAGCGCUCCAACCGCCGAGAGCUGCAGCGGCAGGAGGCCCUCAGCCGGCCGGACGGCCGCCGCCGCCGCCGCCGCGACUUCAACCCCGACCUCGCCAUGCUGCCACCCGCCGAGGGGGGCGCGGCCUACCUGCAGGAGGGCGGGGUCUUCAUGGCUGAAGGGGGUGUGGCCUACCUGGCCAAGAGCGGGCCCUUCGUACCCGAGGCCGCCACCCACACAGCGCUCAUGGGAGAGCUGUUCUUCAAGGAGAGACGGCAGAGGUGGACGCGUCGGGAGGAGGCAGACUUCUACCGGGUGGUGUCAACCUUCGGGGUGGUGUUCCACCCCCCGCGGCAGGGCUUUGACUGGGCCCAGUUCAGGGCUUUCGCCCGGCUGGACAAGAAGACGGACGAGAGCCUGGAGAAAUACUACUAUUCCUUUAUCGCCAUGUGCAAGAGGGUGUGCCGCAUGAGCCUCAAGACACACUCAGAGCUCCCUGACCCCACCCUGAUCAUCGACCCCAUCACUGAGGAGCGCGCCUCCCGGACCCUGUACCGCAUCGAGCUGCUGCGCCGCAUCCGGGAGCAGGUGCUGCCCCACCCGCAGCUGACGGAGCGCCUGCUGCUGUGCCAGCCCUCCCCUGACCUCCCCGACUGGUGGGAGUGCGGUCGCCACGACCACGACCUGUUGCUAGGCGCCUCGCGGCACGGCGUGAGCCGCACGGACUACCACAUCCUCAACGACCCCGAGCUCGCCUUCCUGGAGGCCCACCGCCGCCACGCCCAUAAGGGCGGGGCCGUGGCAAGACGCGCCCCCACGCCUGACCCUGGAGCCACGCCCCUCCUCACGCCCGCCGAGGGAGAGGGGGAGGCGACGGUGAAGGCGGAGGGAGAGACUCCAAAAGCCGAUGAUGUCAAGGAGGAAGUGGAGGUUGAAGGAGAAGGUAAAGAGGAGAACCUGGCCUCCCCCAAGAAGGAGGUGAAGGAGGAGGAGACGGAGCUCCCGGCCUCAAGCCAAGAGGAGCAGAAGGAGAAGCCGUCAGAACCAAUCGGAUCAGACCAGGAGGAGACCGGGAAGCAGGGAGGAGAGGAGGAGGUGGAGGCAACGGCGAUUGAACCCCCCUCAUCCCCUCCCAAGGAGCAGCCCAAGACCAUGAGUCCCCAGAAGGAGGUGCUGGAGGAGCCGGAGGAGGAGGGCCGGGGGACAGAGGGCAGCUCUCCUCCUUCUCCCAAGUCUCCCCGACCGACCGAGAGGAGUCAGGAGGAGGAUGAGGAGAAGAUGGACGAAGACGACAAAUCUGAGAAGUCUUCCCAGGCGGAGGCGAGCGCUCCGUCGGAGCAGAAGAACUUUGACGAGGACAGCAACGUGUCUCUGCCGGCGUCGGGGCGGGACGAGACGGCGGAGCCCUCGGCGCUGCAGGACCUCCUGCCCGGGCUGCCGGAGCGCAGCUACUCCUUCUCCUUCUGGCCCAAGGAUCGGGUGAUGAUCAACCGGAUGGAUAAUAUUUGCGACGCCAUCUUGAAGGGCAAGUGGCCGGUCAACAGGCGCCAGCUCUUUGACUUCCCCGGCAACCUGUUGCCGGGCUACAGUGCCGCGGCGACCUCCGCCACGGCCGUCGCACCGGCAACGGAGAGCCCGCUGCAGGCGGAGCCUAGCGGAGCUCAGGAGGACCCCCUCAGCUUGACGGUGCCGCGGCAGCGCCGGCGGAGGAGGAGGAAGGUGGAGAUCGAGGCGGAGCGCGCAGCCAAGAGGCGCAACCUGAUGGACAUGGUGGCCCAGCUGAGAGAGAGCCACGCUGCUACAGACACCCAGAACCACGCCAUGGACCUCACUAAGGGCAUGCACCAUCACCACAAGGCUGCCGCCUCAUUGGCCGGCUUCUCCAGCCCCUCCCUCAAGGCCCAGAUGGAACUGUUGCAGCAGCAGAUCCCGCCCUCCGGCCACAGGGCCAACGGCUCAUUGGACGCCGACCUGCCCAUAAUGCGAAGGAGGCGUGGCCGCAGGAAAAAUGACGAAUCGGAGGGGACCAAGGCUUCGGCGGGUGAGGGGGUCCGCGAGGCAUCCCGGGGCGGGCGAGGGGCGGGGGGUUCCGGGCGGAGUCCGGGCCGACGCCCCCCCGCCGCGCCGGAGGACGGAGAGACGGCCACCGCGUCCAAUCAGGAGCUCAGAGACUGGCUGCAGCAACACCCCUCCUACACCAUGGACAUGACCAGCUUCACACCAAAGAGCGAGGACCUGAUGAUGUCCCAGCUGUCCAAGCCCAAGCAGAAGCGCCACCGCUGCAGGAACCCCAACAAGAUCGACAUCAACACGCUGACCGGGGAGGAGAGGGUCCCCGUGGUGAACCGCCGCAACGGACGCAAGAGCUCCCGGUGGCUGCUGGAAAACCCAGAGUUUGCCAUCGCUCCCGAUUGGACAGACAUCGUCAAGCAGUCGGGUUUCCUCCCAGAAGCCAUGUUCGACCGCCUGCUGACCGGCCCGGUCGUCCGCGAGGAGGGGGUCCGUCGUCGUGGGCGAAGACCAAAGUCUGAGAUAGCGAAGGCUGCGGCGGCCGCCCAGGCAGCGGCUGCAGCCCAGGCCGCCCAGGCUACACUGGCCUCCGCUGCCUCCUCCAGCGGAGGUCUGAACCCGCUGCUGCUCAGCAGUCUCCUGGGGGGGAUGGACCUGUCGUCGCUGCAGAGCCUCCAGUCUCUCCACCUGCAGUCCCUGCAGCUGGCUGCCGGCCUCAUGGCUUUCCCGCCCUCCUCGGACCCCAAGCAGGCGGCCGCCAACGCGGCAGCGGCCUCCAUGCUGCCCCUCAUGCUGCCCGGCAUGGGGGGGCUUGGGGGCAUGGGGGGGCUGUCCAACAUGUUCAGCCUGGGCGGUCUGGGCGGUCUGUUCGGAGGGAACUUAGCCGCCGCCUCGUCACAGUCGCCAUUCGGCGCCAUGGUAACGGGGACGGCCGGCAACGGAACCCUGGAGGAGGAAGAGGAGGGAGAAGCAGAAGGGAAGAAGGCGAAGAGAAGGAAGAGGAAGGCGGAGCGCGAGGAGAAGGCCAGCGGCAGCGUGGCCGCGCCCCUGGCGGCGGACCCGCCCUCGGAGGCGGCGGUGCUGAACGGAGACGCGGCGGCGCUGCUGGCCGGCCUGUCGGCCAACUCUCUGGGCUUCAACCCCUUCCUGCUGUCCAGCAUGGCCCCGGGGCUCUUUUACCCCUCGGUGUUCCUGCCCCCCGGCCUGGCCGCCCUCGGCCUGCAGGGCUUCCCCUCGGCCUCCGCCAGCACGCUGGCUCAGCUGCAGAGCGCAAUGGCCACCGCCUCCGCCGUUGCCACGGCCACCAGCAGCCCCACCCCCAGGAAGGAGGGAGGAGCGGCAGGAGAGGAGCAGGGCGGCGCGGCGGCCCAGGAGGGCGGAGGAGCGGACAAUAUCUAA